AUCAAUGUAACAGGACAAGCCUCCGUGAUUUGCAGAAGGGUUAAGUAGGAGGAACCAAGCUGAAAAUGCAGAUAAACCCAAUUGAAGAGCUCAUCACUCUAAAUGAAUAUAUAAGUAGAGAAAAUCCUGUUUCACUGCGUGUCUUUUUUGUUGUUGUUAUUACGGUGCGCCUUGACACGGAGUUCAAAGGUCGGUUAAAGACUCCCCCCAAGAGCUGAAAGGAGGCGAUAGUUGUUAAAAAUAUUCAAGGUUGAAGCUGAUGUUCUAUUCAGGGGCCAACAAAAUGAAUUUCCUCCUGGAAACCCUUCAGUUGAUUGUAAUGUCCAUUUAUUACAACAUAGAGGCAUUUGUCAGACUGUUCAUCCCAUUUAAGAAGAAAAAUGUCACCGGGGAAAUCGUCCUGAUCACGGGGGCGGGCAGCGGCAUUGGCCGGCUCAUGGCAGAAAAGUUUGCCAGCCUGGGCGUCUCUCUGGUUCUGUGGGAUGUCAACCAGGAGGGCAUGAAGGAGACUGCAAGACUAGUGAAGGCGAAAGGGGCAACUAGGGUCCACUACUACCUGUGUGACUGCAGUGACAAGGCUAAAGUCUACAGAGUGGCUGACCAGGUCAAGAGAGAGGUGGGGGAUGUGAGCAUUCUCAUAAACAAUGCUGGCAUCGUCACAGGCAGGAAUUUCAUGGACGCGCCAGACUCCCUCAUUGAGAAAACCAUUGAAGUAAACACCAUGGCACACUUUUGGACUUAUAAAGCCUUCCUCCCAGCGAUGACUGCCAACAACCAUGGUCAUCUGGUCAGUGUUGCUAGCACAGCGGGUCUGAUUGGUGUCAAUGGACUAGCAGAUUACUGUGCCAGCAAGUUUGCUGCUAUUGGCUUUGCUGAGUCUGUGGCUCUGGAGCUCCUGGCAACAGGGAAGGAUGGUGUCAAGACUACAAUUGUGUGUCCACACUUCAUGAAUACUGGCAUGUUCGAUGGCUGCAAUUCUAAGUGGCCUCUCUUGGUGCCUGUCCUGGAUCCAGACUAUGUAGCAAAGAAGAUCAUUGAGGCCAUUUUAACUGACCAGGUCUACCUUCUGCUCCCAAAGAGCAUGUAUAUUCUCAUGGGCAUGAAGAAGAUUUUACCCUUUAAGACUGGGAAUCUGCUGGGGAUGUACUUGGGAGCGUUCAACUUUAUGGAUGCCUUCAAAGGACGCGUCAAGAAAGAGGCGUAGUGAAGAAGACGAGAGCAACCACACAUACGAAGUACAUUUUGUCUCGGACUCAAAGGUGAUUAAUACGGUCUAUCAUGUUUUUUUUUUUUUUCCCCCUUAAAUAUUUCAUUAUUAUAUAACUAAUUUUAGUGUGACAAAGCCUACGUACUAGUUUACAUCGGCAGACGAGGGAUACGUGUAGGCUAUAUAAGGUAAUAAAAUACUGCUAAAUAUGUAACGAAUGUAUGACCUUAGUAUGUAUUUUCGUAGCAUCAACACAAGUAGACUUGAGUGUGCUUUUUGGAUCGACACACUCAAUAUGAAAUGUUUUCACGAGUUAUAGUCACUUCAUGAAUUUCACGCUGUGUAUUUUAGCUCUUUACACUGACAUAGGCUCAAUAGCAAAAUGUGGUUCCUUUUUCACUAUCAUUCAGUGGAUACUGCCCCCCACACGCACACUUUAUAAUGCUUCCCUUUUUUGGCCUGAAGCAACAUUGGAAGGGUUUGUAUUGUCGAUGCACUUUUUAUUUGUGUGUUUUUCUUUAUACACCCAUUGUUGGGUAUUACGUAAUUGUUCACAUGGGUGUUGUAGAACAUAUUGUGCAUGUACUAAUAUAAUCUAACAGCCAAGUAUAGAGAAACUCAGGAAAAAGUGUCAUGUAAGGGAUCAUUAUCUGUGUACUGGAUUAGUUUGUCUACAGUAGCCAUCGAAGAUGGUUUACUCUAUCGCCAAUAGGAAUGUUAUGAUAAAUUAUAGUAUGUACCAAACAAACACUCAUUUUCCAAACUGUUAUUCUCUUAACUGGAUGACCUACCUUUUUUUUAUUUUUGAAUUUACUGACAGAUAUUUAUUUAUUGCUUAAUCAUGUACAAUGUUUUACUUUGACAUUGAAGAUGAGAUGACUGCAUGACUUAACUCAUUUUAUUUAAAUUUUCUGUCAUGUUUACAUUUUAAUAAUCACAAUAGCAUUGUUUACAUGUAACAAUGUUGGUAUUUGAAUAAGUACUUUUAAGCGUAAAGGUACUUAUUUAGGUUUGCUCUUGAAAAAUAAAGUUACAUUUGUCUUA